CAACAAGUCACGGUUGCGCUUCCACUACAACAAGGGGAGGGGGAAUCUGUCUCGAUGAUUCUGGAUGGAUCAAUGCAUGGUUGCUCUAGAAGAUGGUCGCUGUUACCCAGAAUAUUCCUCUUACACCUCCCCUUCCAGACAGGCGGUUUUGUUAGGUGAGGCUUACAAAAAGUGUGGCCGUCAAUUCUCAUCACUAUUGUGUUGAGUUUAGUGCAUUGAUUGGAUGAAUGGUGCGCGGGAAUUGUGACGGAGGAUGGUUUUGAGGGGCUUCUUGCAGUUUCCGUUAGAAGAGCAGGGGACCCUCAUUCCAAGUCUCCGACCGUUUUCCAUUCCCCAACUGCACCACCCUCAUGCAUUUGGACUCGUAAUCUCCAGAGCUGGAAAUGGUCUGCGUUCACUAAGGAAAAGUGUUUCUGGGGCCAUGGUCUUCUCACGUGAAAGGGAGAGAGAAGUCAAAGAAAAAUCAUCUGCCGCCCCCUUGCGAGGGGAACCUGGGCGUGGAACUGAGGGGUUCGUUAGAGAAGAGUAGCUUGAGUCUGCCAGCAAUCAGGCUGCUACUCGUUGCGGCAGAAUCGUAGAGGCCAUCGUAUCAAUCCCUGGCUGACUCGUCAUUGCCUCUGGUUCACUUCGAAGCUUGAGAUAUCAACUUUUCUCCCAUUGAUCUUUAUCCACACUCAUGGUCGGCGUCGUUACCAACUCGUUUAUUUCAGGCUUGGACUUUUCUUUUUUGGGUACUUUUACUUUAGUGAGGCAAUUGAUCGUAACGUGAGAGAUUUAUAGCUUCGCCGAGGUGCGAUGUUGUUAUGAUUCUUGAGGGCGGCGAAUUCGGAGCGUGUCGCGGAACUUGGAGGUUGGGGUGAGUAGGGGUGAGUGGUAGUGUGUUUGAGCGAGUGAGAGUUGCGGGAAGGUGCAAUGGUUGACUCGAGGUAUACGCGGAUUAGCAGGAAAUGGGUUGGAUUUGUGACAGCAAUAUGGGUGCAAUCCAUAGCGGGGAACAACUACACAUUCGCCAAUUACUCUCAGGAGCUUAAAUCCGUGAUGCACUACAACCAGGUGCAGCUCAACAAUUUGGGAGUGGCGAAAGACGUGGGGAAGUCGUUCGGGUUGUUUGCGGGCUUGCUGGCGGAUCGUCUCCCCACCUGGCUCAUACUGUUGAUAGGUGCUGUUGAGGGCGCUGUCGGCUAUGGUACGCAGUACCUCGUCGUGAGUCAGACUAUCAGACCUCCGUCCUAUUGGCAGAUGUGCGUCGUUUUGUGCAUGGGAGGUAACAGCACCACUUGGAUGAACACUGCUGUUCUCGUGACGUGCAUGCGCAAUUUUCCUCGAAGCCGUGGGACAGUUACCGGAACGCUCAAGGGAUACAUCGGCUUGAGCACUGCCAUUUUCACGCAGCUCUGCACAGCGCUCUUCACAAGUGAGGCGUCAUCGUUUCUGCUCCUACUUACCAUCCUGCCCGCGAUCGUAUGCUGCUCUGCCAUCAUCUUCCUGACCGAAGUCCCAGCAUCUGCCAGCCAUGACGAAGACGUGGAGGAGCAGGCUGGGUUCACGAUUAUCAAUUGGAUCUCUCUCGCGCUCGCCCUGUACCUCCUCACCUUCACCGUGCUGGAGUUUUUCUUCCCCCUAUCAUCAUUGCAGUUUAAGUUGUUCGCGGUGGUGCUUCUGCUCUUCCUAAUUGCUCCGCUGGUGGUUCCUCUCAAGCUUAUUCUCCGUAUUUACAAUGACGAUAAAUCUUCCCCCGUGAGUCCCGACGCCACCGCAAUCACGAAGCCUCUUCUGGAGGAAACAUCAGACAACGUGGUACCUCAAACAGACGCAUCUCAAGGUGUUCUUACACAAGUAGAGAAGGGCAGCAGAGCCGACUCAAAACUGGACGCUACAACCGCUGACGAUCGUGAGGUGUCGAAGAGCGUCGAAGAAUAUAAGUUUCCAUCCCUUGGUGAAGACCACAACCUGACAGAAGCAUUAUUGACGAUUGAGUUCUGGUUGCUUUUUUUCACAUUUCUAUGCGGUAUUGGUACCGGCAUCACGGCUAUCAACAACUUGGGUCAGAUUGGAGAGGCUCAGGGAUUCGCAGACGUCUCUAUCUUCAUCUCGCUUAUCAGCAUUUGGGGCUUCUUCGGUCGUGUCGGUGCUGGUGCUGUCUCCGAGUACUACGUCAAAAAGGCAGCCAUUCCUCGCCCAUUGUGGAUGGCGAUCUCGCAAAUUUUCCUCCUCAUGGGUUACAUUAUGUUCGCCAUGGCAGCCCCAGGCUCUCUCUACGUGGGCUCCAUCGUAGUGGGGAUUUGCUACGGCGUGCACAUCUCUAUCACUGUGCCAACAGCAUCUGAGCUUUUCGGCUUGAAGCACUUCGGCAUGUUGUACAACUUUCUCAUCCUAAACAUUCCCCUGGGGUCCUUCCUCUUCUCCGGCAUGCUAGCCGGCUGGUUGUACGAUAGGGAAGCCUCCAAAGUGCCUCAUCUCUCUACCAUCUUGGUUAAGAAAAUAUUCUCGACUGCAGCAGAUUUUGUAGCGCUGGGAGAGUCGGUUGAUCCGCCCAAGUGCGUUGGCUCCCACUGCUUUCGGUCGGUGUUCAUCGUCAUGGCCGGUAUGUGCGCAUUUGGCAUCUUACUUAACGUGGUCUUGAUUUUGCGGAUUCGGCCCUUGUACCAAGAUUUAUAUGGACCUAAUGGUUCAGUAGAGAGGAAGAGGAGGAUGCAGCCGAAGUCAAGGUAAUCGGACAAUGUAGAAUUACGCAGCUGCGUCGUUGUGUUUAGAGUAGGGAGUACGUAGGAAUAAGCUUAGAGCCUGCAAUUCGAUUUGAAGAAUAGUCGCGAUUAAGAUGAAGCAUUUCUGUACAAUAUUCCACAGAAUUCCGGACUCGGAAGGAUAUGUAUGUCCCAGAAUACAAUGCCCCGUUCAACCCAAAUUUUUGGAACGGAGAACAUGACAGUGCACAUUGA